AUGGCUGAUGAAAUAAGGCAGAUGGAUGAGACAUGCACUGCUUGUCAAGAAAGGAAACCUAUGAACCAGAGAGAAACACUUAUACAACAUGUUCCAUGGGAAAACGUUGGAGCUGACCUGAUGAAAGUGGAUGGAAGACUUGAGUAUCUAAUAACUGUUGAUUAUUACUCUAAUUUUAUUGAGUAUGAUUAUCUGUCAACAACAUCACAAGAAGUGAUUAGAAAAUUGAAAGGACUAUUUGCUCGUUUUGGUGUUCCAAAAAUGUUAGUAAAAGAUGUCGGUCCGCAAUUUACUUCAAAUGAGUUUUUGAGAUUCACUAAGCGAUGGAACAUCACUCACAUCAGAUCAGAUUCUGGUUAUCCGAGAACAAAUGGGAAGGCUGAAGCUGCUGUAAAGAUAACGAAGAAUUUAAUACUGGAAAACUAA